AAAUAUCAGUUAACUGCACAGCUGAAAAAUAAAAAUAAAAUAGUCACAGUAAAAAACAGUCGAGCACAGCAUUUUCCAUUCUCAAUUCUCAUAGCACAAAGACCAAAAACGAAAAGGAGGACAGAAUAGAAGCUUGAUAUCGACGCCAGUAAAAAUGGUGAACUACGUACUGAUGAUAACCGCCGAUCUCGAGAACAUCAACAACCUCCAGCCUCAAGGCGGCUGCGACGAUCCUUCUUUCACUUACCUUUUCAAGGUGAAAUGUGGAAGGUGUGGAGAGAUGAGCCAGAAGGAAACAUGUGUGAGCUUGAAUGAGAUUGUUCCUGUUCCAGCUAGCAGGGGAACUGCUAAUCUUGUUCAGAAGUGCAAGUUUUGUGGCAGGGACGGAACUGUGGUUAUGGUGCCAGGCAAAGGUAAACCGCUGACUGUUGAAAUGAGUGAGAAAGGAGAAUAUGCACCAGUGAUGAUGUUUGACUGCAGGGGGUAUGAGCUUGAGGGUUUUGUAUUUGAUGGUGAAUGGAAAGCUGAAUCUAUUGCAGGAACGAAAUAUGAAGGCAUCGAUUUGUCUGCUGGUGACUUUUCUGAAUAUGAUGAGAAGGGGGAGUGCCCCGUCAUGAUAUCCAAUCUUUAUUCUAAAUUUGAAGUUGUGAAGUAGAUCAGGGGUCUUCUGCAUGCUUCUGUGUUCAUAUAUAAAAAAAUAGCUGAUAUUUUCGGAAUGAGGUAGAAACUAUUUGGCUGGAAGUAUACAUAGUUGUCAUGGAACUAAAUAUCUGGCUGUUUGAUUCGCAUAUUUCAGGUUUGGAGUAUACUCAUUGAUAACUGUUAAUGCUUUGACCGAUUAACAAUUCAAUGCUAUUUGUGGGGAUGCAAACAUUCGAAAGUUUGAAGUCA